CACGAGAUUUUGGGUCUACCUAGAUAUGCGUAGACUGUAGACGGACUCACCUUCUUCCAGGUUGCUUCCCGUGGUGUUGUGGACAUAAGAGCUGCUUCUGGUCACAGGAAUCCACCAUACAAGGCUGAAGGAUUUAUAGCACAACCCCGAUUGUCUAAGCCUAUCCCGAUGUGAGGCCCGACGUGGCUUGCAGCAGCGGGCGGUGCUGAUGAGAAAUCGACAAAUUCAUCAACAAGUUUCUCAGCCUGCCCAGGCGAUGAAGACUCUAUAAAUGCGUGUUACACUCCGGGCCUCCGCUGGUACUGUGUUGCAUCCAUCAUCAACUGUUCUACCUCGAUCUUUACUUCCUCGAUGGCUGUAUCGCAGGACAGCCUGGUGCACCGAGACGCAGAUGUGUUCGAAUUGGCGAACUUCCCAGACGAGUCACGGGAAUUGCUUGUACCACAAGACAUCCAACAGUCAUCUCAUGAUCUUGGUGGGGUUGUUCCCCGUUUUGGGUCGAUAUCACUGCUCAAGAACUGGCUUCCGCAAGUUGAUCCACCGGAACUCCACUCCCGCAGCUGGAUUAGAAAUCUGUCAACUCGUGGUAAAGCGCUCCUUGGAAUCUCCCUGCUUUCGUUUGCAGUGCUGCUCAUCAAUUUAGGCGUCACAGUAUAUGCGAUGAGCAAGCGCAAUGUAGACCAGCAGAACUUUGUCGACAUACUCCAUCCCAACGGAAACUACGAUUGCGACAGUAUACGACAGUACAACAGAUGGGUACAUUUUGCCAUCAAUGCACUUUCUACGGCUCUCCUAGGCGCGAGCAAUUAUUGCGCUCAACUCCUUGUGGCUCCUACUCGCAAGGAGGUCGACAACGCGCACAGCAAGAAAACAUGGCUGGAUAUAGGUAUCCAAAGUUUGAGAAAUCUGCGGAAAGUCAAUCCGAAACGGCGCAUGCUAUGGGUUUUGUUGAUGCUCAGCUCUGGUCUCUUGCACCUCUUCUGGAACUCUGCCGUGUUCGCAGCAACACCCUUUAGUACCUACAACGUUGGUCUAGUGACCGCAGACUUUCUCGACGACCAGGCCGAGUGGAACACGUCACUAUCGCUGCUGGAGGAUAUCCGCCGUGCUGCAUCCCAGCUAGACGUGAUCAGCAAGACUGACUGCAUCUCACGCUAUGUUGGCAAGACCUCAGGGCUUGCCAGCCUGCUCGUUGUGAGCGCCAACAUCACCAUGUCAGACGAGUUGUCAGACGAUUCAGACUAUCCUCGCUCGUCGUUGUUGACCAAUUUCACCACAAUUGAGGGGCCCGGCAGUGACUGGGGACUAAACAGUGACUGGAUGUGCUCAGCAUGGGCGCUACCUGGACUCAGGUCAAGCUUUGCUUGCACCGAGACAUUCCUCAUGCCCUACAACAAGACCUGGACACUUGGAAACAAUUCGGGGUUCAAGGUCGAUCACUGCCUGGCCCUGGAAAAUGGUAGAACAAUGGACAAUGCAUGCGCACUACGUUUCAGCCCGGUGAUCUUAAUCAUCGUCACGGCGCUGAAUCUUUUCAAAUGUUUCUGCAUCGGAAUUACAGUCUAUCUCCACUGGCACGACAGCUACACCCCUCAUGCUUCCCGAGAAUUGAGGCACAAAGGCCGUAGCUACCAGAACAUAUCGGAGCAAAAGCGAAAUCUACGUCAUCUUGUCACUCUUGGCGAUGCCAUUGCAAGCUUCUUAGACGAAGAGGACAAGCAUACGAAACACAUGGAUCUGUUUGCAAAGAGAGACUUUGUAAAGGGCUGGCCUCUUCCGCAUCGAAAUAGAGAACGCACGCCCCCUCGACCUACCUGUUGGUUUCGCGCUGCAAGCACACUACGAUGGUGUACUACAUUAUUUCUAUGUAUAUCUCUCCUCGCGCUCGUAGGAAUCUUGUUUGGUCUAACCAUCAAGGCCCAGCGCGCUCUAGGCGUCCAAGUCGAUCUUGCCUCGCUCUGGAGCUACGGUGUGGGCGACGCACGACAAUGGGCUGUAACCCUGACUGGAUUUAUGCGCCGACUGAACCAGACAUCUGGGUUCUUCUUUGGUGUACUGUACGCCAACAUAUUCCAAGUCGUCGUCAGCGCUCUGUACCUUCUGUAUAACAACCUGUUGACUGUCAUGGUCGCCGCCUCCGAAUGGAACGACUUCAUCUCCGAGCGCAAGGCACUGCGACUCUCAGUCCCAAGGGGCAUGCAACGAUCGCACUACUUUCUUUCGCUACCUUACCGAUACUCAGUUCCGUUGAUGGUGUGCUCCGGUCUCUUACACUGGCUCAUCUCGCAAAGCAUCUUCGUGAUCCAAACAGUGGCGUACACCCCGAACUUUGACCGAAAUAGAAACAUGGACGCAUCCUCAGUCGGGUAUUCAAGCAUCGGUAUCAUGCUAGCAAUGGCCGUCGGCGUUAUACUAGUAUUUUUGCUACUCAUUGUUGGGUUGGCAUUCAAAUACGACGUGAAGCGAGUCAAGCGUGAUGGCUACAUGCCGCCACACCCUAUGCCGCUGGUGAGCACAUGCAGUGCAGCAAUCAGCGCAAACUGUCACAGACACGAGCAAGACAACGACUGCUCACACUUGCCGGUCAUAUGGGGGUUCGUCCGAGAAGGAGCAGGCGGCGGACGGUAUACUUUCACUACUGCGAAGGAGGUUGGACUUAGAGCUCCUGACCACCGAUCUUGAAACUGAAUUGUUCUGAGUACAAAAGAAACAGUAUACGUCUGCGUUUAUAUAUCUGCUUUCAGGCACAGUAAGGUAUGACACGAAAAUGACCCGUAAAACCACUAUUAGUUUGAUGCUGUC